ACAGAUUCCUCUGCAUCGUGGAGGCACUACAGACCACGUGAGAGAAAUAUUCAUCGACGGUCUCCGACAGACCGACUCAUCUCUGCUGGCACUCCUGCUGACAUGGACUCUUGGACACUGUAUUUUCUCAUCUUCCCACGAACGGACGCGGAGGGAGGGCGACCCCCUGUCUGAAUGUAACCUUUGAUCUGUUGCCCUUUUCUCUUCGUUUUUUCUUCUUUCUGUUUGAUUUUCUUCUUCUCUUCUCCACAAGUUAAAGCAGUUAAGAGGAGCUAUGGCUUGGCCGUGCAUCAGCAGAGUGUGCUGCCUGGCUCGUUUCUGGAACCAGUUCGACAAAUCGGACCUCUCUGUCCCGCUCACCAUCCAGAACUACUCGGACAUCGAGCAGGAGGUGCGAUCCGUCACCAAACAGGUCUCCGCCUCGGAGCGCGCACCCGGGAAUAACUACUCGACCCCGGACCAGCGUGCCGCCGGCGCUCCUCCUCCGGGGACCCGAGGGUCUUUCAGGGCACGAAAGGAGCCCAGUUACAAGCCCCGGGAGGAUUACCACCCUCCCGAAGUGCCUUUCCCAAGUGUUACCCAGUACAAACAGGAUUUCAAACCCUGGCCCAUUCCCAGGAAGGAUAAUUUCCCUUGGAUUAGUAACGGGGGCAGCAGGGCAGCCGGUGUUUCGGACAGCCCGGGGAACAGUUACCACAGCCAGGCACACCCAGGGGACAGAGAGGAGCGGGGUAGGGGGCAGAGGUGGGGAGAUCAGCAGGUGAUGGAGGAGAGCAGAACCAGCUCAUACAGGCAAGAGUACAGGCCAUUGACGGGGGUGAGACCAGCCAAAAGUGCGAGGAAAAAUACUCCAGCUCAAUACUCCAGCCCAGGGACAGAGGCCACCCAUGUCCUGUGCGAGACCAGCUAUCAGGCUGCCUACAGUGGGCAGGGCCACAGAUCCAUAGGACUGCAUCAGGGGGAAAACGAUAUCACAUCAGCUGCCUCCAACAUACAACCUGCUGCUGUCCCCCAGCCCACCCCCACUGCUAUGCAAGCUGGCAGGUCACCCAUCCCCUCCAGCCUCCAGCCGAGCGUCCCGCCUGAGAUGACCGAGUUCAGUCGAACAAUCAAGGGAGAGGAACAUCUGGUGAGGACCAAAUUCCCUCCGAACUCUUCUGCCGUCUUUCAAAGCGGGCCGAGGGUCUUCAACAUCUGACAGCUGCUCCAACUUCCAACCAUUCCACUUUGAUCGGCUUUAAGGAAUUAACGGGGGAAUGAGUCAAGUUUAUUCCACAACACUAGAAUCUAUGCAAGGGGAAUGUACAUUGUUGUGGAGCUGCAGCGUCAGGAUCCCUAGCGGAGACCGAUAGAUACAGUAGACGGACCCCCCUUUUACACUCUGCCCUGCCCCCGUUGUAUGGAAAUGAAUACGCAUGUAACUAAACACAAGCUAUUUUUUGUUUUUGCUGUUAUAGAUGCACAACAAAAACAGGCUGCUCUUUGAGGCUGUAUGUGUGUGUGUGCCUGCUGAUUUGUCCUUUAUUGUACAGAACCUUGAGUAUGCUCGAAAAAAUGAAUGGCAUGGUUGGUCAAAUGUGAAAGCGUAGACUAUUUUGCCCUUUGGUGUUCUGCUAGAAAUCUGCUAGAAAAUAAGUUAUUUAUUUCCUCAGUAUUCAAUUAGUUUACUAUUUUGAGAAAGUAUUGUUCAGUCUGUUAUUUUGUAAACCUAUUGUUAAAGAAAAUACAUCAAAUAUAUAAUGUAAGUGAAAUUACAAUAAAAGAAUAUUAGGUUCUUAACACUUUCUC